AUGGCCGCGGCCGACAUUGAGAGCUGGGACGACGAUGUCGACUUCCAGGGCGAUCUCUUCACAAACUCCGUCUCGACUGUGCAAACCCAUUUCUCCUCGCGCCUGUCGCUCCGCUCCGAAUCUGCCCCUGCCGACGAUGACUGGCAUGUCAUGCUGCCGCCCAACGACGACUCGUCGGCCAACAACGCAAUCCAGUCUGCCCGCCUCCAAGCCGGCAUCCCUAUUCCCAGCAAUGUCCCUCCUUCGGCCUUGAUGAGCGGCAAGAUCCAGCGUCUAGGAAACGCGCCUUCUCGCCGUACACUGCCUCCCCGCCAGGACGACGACUGGGCCGACGAUCUGGAAAUCUCAAACGAUGCUCCGCUCUCGCUCAAGCAACCCAAGCCUUCGUACCAGGAACAUGAAGAGGAACAUGACGACUUCGAUGAUUUUACCGAAGGCAGCCUGGGCAUACGCUUCGCUGGCACUCGUCGCGACCAGCGCAACAGAAGCUUCUCCGGCUCCCAGUUGGGCUCCGCCAUGAGCCCUAGUCUCGGCAGCGUCAUGACUGAGAGCGAGGACGAUUUCGGCGGCCUUGAGCUCCCCGAGGGACCCAUCGAUCUGAGCAAGAUGCUCAAGAAGCGUCAGCAACAAGUCGAGGUCCCUCUUACUCUGCAAUCCCAUGACGAGGAUGACUUCGAGAGUGGCCUUGACAUCGGUGCCGGCAACGUAUUCGACCCCAGCAAACUCACUCUGCACCGCAACAUCCAGCAACGACAGGCCAAGUCUUCGUCAUCUACCCGUGCUCCGACCACGACCCUCACCUUCUCUGAGAAGCCUUCUGCCACGCGCAUCCCACGGCCUGUUCCCUCGUCCAAGCCAGCCUCCCGCCUGGAACCCGUCUUUGAGCCUGGAGCGACCCUUGUUACACGUCAACGUCCUCAACCCUCUACUUCGGGUUCUAAUUUCUUGCGCAACAAGCGUUCUAUGCCCGUUCUGCGCGGCCCCCCUCAGCAUACUGCCAAGCCUGUACCAUUCUUACCAGCCGGCUCCUCAGCCCAGUCGCACCACCAAACUACUGCCAAGCCUCCCUCGCGCGCCUCUGCAUACCACCUUCGUCGCGAGGGCGAGCCUCAACGCAGUCAAUCGCCUACACCUCGUCCCUACUCUCGUCUUUCUUCAGGAUAUGUACCUGACACGCCCUCGCGCUCCGGUCGUCGUGCCGAUCUUGCCCCAGCCGCACUUGCAAGAGAAGCUGCCUCCAAGCGCACCGUGACAAAGCCUUCUCGCAGGCGCAAUUUCGGAGACGGAACCGAACUAGACCUCUUCGAUGACCUCCCCACCUCAUCGACCAAGGAGUCCAGGUAUCUCAAGCAACCCUCAGCCAGAGGCGCACCCAAGUCUGUCCGCAACAUUCCGAGCAGGAUCGAUGUUACCGGAUCUACCAAGAUUCCCUUGCCGGAGCGCAUGCAGACACCCGCUCCCGUGACACCUCGCAGCCCCAUGCCCAUGAAGAGUUUCCAGGACCAGAGCAACACCCCGCGUUACCUUCGCGACACUGCAGCAAGCCGCAUUGCACGCGAAUCACGCCUCAGGGCUGCAGGAACCGGCCGUCCCAAGAGUGAGGGUCCGCUCAUGCCUGUCAGCACCAAUUGGAAGGCUCAGAUUGCUGCCCGCAGCCCCCAUACCAGCCCCAGUGCCUCAAGGAUCAAGGCCAAGCGUCCUCAGCUCAUCGCUCCCAGCACUACCAAUGUCGGCAAGCCAAUCGUCGAGAAGGGCAUGACCUUCAACCCUCAGGCUCUUCGAUGGGAAGGCAAUGAGAACAGUCUAGCUCCUUUCGAGCUUGGUCCGCUACUGCCAACCCCUACUCCAACCUCCCAUGAUGCACAACAGACUUCUUACAUGACUGCACGACCCUUGCCGCCUUCGCCACCAAGGCCUGCCCUUAUCACCCCGCUCGCUUCCGAUUAUUCCAAUCAGAACAUCAAGGUUGUUGGUGGUAUGGUCUUUGACCCUCGUCGCAUGUGCUGGCUCAAGCUACGUGCCGGAGAUUCUAGGAACAACAGCCCUAGCGUCACCGAGGACGAAGAAGAUCCCUUCGCUGCCAUCGAAGAUCUCAAGGAAGGUCCUACAUCAGCCCCUGACGGCGCACAAACUACGGGUGGUGAUGAGUGGCUGGUUGGCGAAGAGUUCGACCUGGGUCCCGAGUUCAUCCGUCGUCAACGUGAUGAGGAGAACACGUGGCGCCGCAGAUGCGAAUCCUGGUUCCCUGUGCAUGGUGACUGCCGUCGAUCUGACGACUCUUGGCGAUGGGCCAUCCGUGACAUUGCCGGCCAAAUGCUCUAA